AAUGUAACUGGGUGUGAUUUUACGGCUUGUGUUUUUCAAACUUACUGAACAGACCCCGGCCCGCUAACUUUUAGUUAGGUGAGGUUUAAAUCAUUAUUUAAAUUAUUGAUGGAACUGGACGCAGGAGGAAAGCAGUCUGCUGACAUGGCGGACUUUGUGGUGGAGGAUCUGGAGUCCUUCGUGAACGUUGAAUUGGAGGUGGACAAAAACAGCCAGACUUCUGAACACAGCAUGUCCGUCAUUAGUCAAGCUUUGUUUCAGAAUGAAGAGGAAGUUGAAAGUGACAGUGAAGAUGAUGAUGAUGAUGAUGACCAGUGCACUGACCACUUUAACUGUGCGAGGGGCGGGACUCAGCUGCAGAGGUGUGAGCGGCGAUCAGGACUAAACUCAGGUGUUCCUGACACCUUUCAGACGAGUCACCUGCUGUUCUACGAGAGGUUCAAGGCCUACCAGGAUUACAUGCUGGGAGACUGUAAGCCUUCUGAAGUGAAGGCGUUCACCGCAGACUACCUGGAAAAGGUGUUGGAGCCACGUGAUUGGCUGGCUCUGUGGUGCACUGAUGUCUUCGAUGUUGUGGUUGAGGUGCGGGACUUGGACCUGAAGGACCUCAAGGCGUGUGUGCGGCUGGUUCUUCCUCUGCAGUGUGAAACACGUGGCUGUGAGCUCUCUGAGGAGGCCAUGACAGCAUUGCUGGAGGCCACGCAGCAUCGAGUACUCCUGCAGGAGCUGCACGUGGUCUACGACUCUUCCGGGGACUUUGACCAUACCGCCCUGGCCCUGGAACACCUCAGGUUCUUCUACAAACACAUCUGGAGGCAGUGGGAUGAAGAAGAUGAAGACGAUGACUUUGAUUAUUUUGUGCGCUGUGUGGAGCCUCGUCUGCGCCUGUACUACGACAUCCUGGAGGACCGGGUCCCUGCAGGUCUGGUGUCAGAGUACCAGUCCUUACUGGAGUCCUGCUCCAAGGUCUUCCAGCAGUUCAGCUCUCUGCGCAGUGAGCUGGUUUCAGACUCGGACUCUGAGCUUGAUAACAUAUCCAUGGUGGAGGGUCUGAAGCUGUGCGACCAGCUGGAGACACUGCGCCGCAAGCUGCACAUCAUCGAGAACCCACUGCUCAGGUAUGUGUUGGGGUACAGGGGUAACAACAGACAGCAGUGUGUUCAGAGCCGUGGUAUCAGGUGUUCGGGUGUGAAGGUGGUCCAUGUGGUCACAGUGUCCUGCAGCGGCCACCAGCUUCAGUCCCUCCUCAGUGACAGACUGCUGCCUCUGAGCUCCUCUGAGGACACACAGAUACAGUUCCACAAAGAUCCGGUAUCAGCAGUGGACUCGAGUCAUGAAGGAGACGUGGUCCUGAUCCUGCCGGGGGUCUACAGUGUGAGCAGCUCCAUGUUCAUCCCUGACUCCAUCUCUGUGGAAGGGUUUGGACUUCCUGAUGAGGUGGUGAUAGAGAAGAAGAACAAAGGAGAUUCAUUUGUAGAGUCGACAGGAGCAGAAGUCAAACUUUCCAACAUCAAGUUCAUCCAGCACGACGCUAUCGAGGGCAUCCUGUGCGUGCGUCAGGGCACUCUGAACAUGGAGAACUGUGUGCUGCAGUGUGAGACCACCGGAGUGAUCGUCAGAACAUCAGCCUGUCUGAGCAUGACCAGGUGUGACCUGUACGGAUCCAAGGGGGCAGGUGUGGAGAUUUACCCCGGCAGUAUCUGCAGUCUGAUUGGUAAUGGCAUCCAUCACUGUAAAGACGGGAUACUAAUCAAGGUGAGCAACAUCUUCUACAUGUACACAUUUUCACCUUGUACAUACCAACAGGCAACCUUUGGUGUUGAAAAGAGAAGCCAAUAUGAAGUGCAGAAAAUCUGUAGUUCCUCAAAUGUCCACUUGAGGCUGGCUGCAAAAGUAUCACUCACACACUUGUAUUAAAAUGUCUAUGUUGACAGCAGAAAUAAACAUAAUAGCAGCCUGGUUCAAAAAAACAAUUUGAGUCUUCACAGUUCAUGUCUUUUUUGGGGGUGAUUCAGCCCUUAAGAUGUGAAUACUUGCUGCUGUUUUUAUCCUGCACUAACGAGUCAAAUGCAACAAA